AUGGCCUCAAAUCAGUUAUUAGCGUCCCUCCUCCAGGGCUAUGAAAGCUCUGGAGAUGAUGCAGAACCUCAAAAUGAUCUUCACAAUCGAAUUCCACUUCCCCCUCGUCUAGAAGAAGAAGUAUUUGACUCACCUGAUACUAUUAUUGAAUUCAUCAACAACUUUGCCCAGAACCACGGCUAUGCGGUUUCCAAACGGCGCUCAAAGAGAGCUAAAAAUGGCCAUAUCAAGACUGUGUUUGUGAAGUGCUCUCUAGGAGGGGAGUACCAUGAUCGUGUGGUUGAGCGUACGCGACAAGAGAGCACAAUACUUACUGACUAUCCCUUCUCCAUCGUCCUGCGACUUCAGCAAGAUGACACUUGGCUUGUUAAUAUCAAAGAAAAACACCAUAAUCACGAUCUGUCGCCAAUAUCCACUCAUUCAGUCCAUUGUUAUCGUCAAAUACUUGAACAUGCUACCCAAAUCGAAGCCCAACUAGAGAAUGGAAUUGACACACGCCAUAUCAUUGCUUCACUUAGGAAGAAGCGUGGAGAUAAUGUCGGAUUUAGCUUCAUGAAAAAUGAAAAGGAGGAGUCUUAUUCAUUUAUUCUUAAAAGCCUUGAGCAGGCCCUAAUGGGUGCUAUUGAAGCUAUAUUUCUAUAUACACGAAAUAUCUUAUGCAUUUGGCACAUCCAAAAGAAUCUGAUGGUUAAGUGUCGGCCAGCUCUACGCCAGGAAGUCAUUCGAAUCGAUUAUGAGGGCAAGGGUAUGAAGAGCACCCUAGUUGAUGAAUUUAAAGAGAAGGUUGAAGCUCAUUGGGUCGCUUUUUGGGCUAAAUACAGCCAUAAUGUGUGGGACACGGUCUUCGAAUAUAUCAAGAAAGAAUGGCUUCAGGAAGAUACAGCAAAACACUUUUUAAAAUACUAUACCAAUGAGUAUCUGCAUCUCAACAAGCAAGCAAGCUCACAGGUUGAAGGUGCCCAUUAG